UCCUGGCUUCUCCUUCCACUCCGGAGAUCGACGGCUGCUUGCCGCACUCGCGCUCGCUCCCACGGCCGGCAACCAUGGCCGCCGCCGCUGCCGCGGUGCCAGCCACCUUCCUCUCGGGCCUCCCCUCUCCACGGACCCCGUCUCCUGUGCUCCACUCGCCCGUACAGAGAGCCCAUCCCGUCGCCGCUCCUCUCUUCCUCUCCGCCAAGCGCCGCGCCUAUGCCUGCGCCGCCACGGCCUCCGGCUCCUUCUAUUCCUCCAACUCAGGCUUUGCAUUUGACGAAGGUUCUUCUAGUUCCAAAAGGCUAUAUAGAUGGAAGAGGGUAUUGCUUAAAGUAAGUGGAGAAGCUCUUGCCGGCGACCACACAGAAAACAUCGACCCAAAGAUUACAAUGGCUAUUGCAAGAGAGGUUGCUUCUGUCACCAAGCUAGGUGUAGAGGUUGCUAUUGUUGUUGGCGGUGGCAAUAUCUUUCGUGGGGCCUCUUGGGCUGGAUGUAGUGGUCUUGACCGCUCAUCUGCAGAUUACAUCGGCAUGUUGGCCACUGUGAUGAAUGCUAUAUUUCUUCAAGCAACAAUGGAGAGCAUCGGAAUACCGACCCGUGUCCAAACUGCCUUCCGUAUGUCAGAAGUUGCAGAACCGUACAUACGCCGAAGAGCUGUAAGGCAUUUAGAGAAAGGAAGAGUUGUCAUAUUUGCUGCUGGAACAGGGAACCCAUUCUUCACGACGGAUACAGCUGCUGCUCUCCGUUGUGCCGAAAUCAACGCAGAGGUAAUGCUGAAAGCAACAAAUGUUGACGGUGUGUACGAUUCAGACCCCAGGCAGAACCCAAAUGCCCGCCUUCUUGAGACUGUGAGCUACCAUGAAGUUACGGCAAGAGAUCUCUCUGUCAUGGAUAUGACUGCUAUUACACUAUGCCAAGAAAACAACAUCCCCAUCGUCGUGUUUAACUUGCAAGAGCCUGGAAACAUUGCAAAGGCUAUUGUCGGUAAGAAGGUUGGUACCUUCGUCGGAUGCAAAAGAAAUCAGAAACGAAAUGAAAACACACUGGUUGAAGAAAGAAGAUUGGUCAAUGAGGUGUGAGCUCCAGAGCUGAAAGAGUUGGGGCUCUCUCUCUUGUCUUAUUUAGUUUAUGUAUAUGCAUAGAAGGUUUUAGGUUGGAUUAGGGUUAGGUGUUGGUGCUGGAAUUACAUUAGAUUAGCUAUCAAUUCUUGCAGUCGUCAUGUUUCUCUUUUCUUUCGAGGAGAACAUCUCUAUUAUAUAGAGUAUUAGGUUUAGAGGGUGUUUGAAUGCACUAGAACUAAUAGUCGGUGACUAAAAUUAGUUGAGAUAUUCAAACACCCCA